CCAUGAUAGAGGGCAGAGCUAAGUCAACUCACAAACCCCAGUUCUCAAUUCUUGUUUUUGACUAAUCACAUUUGUUUGUAUAAUCCAAUCCAAUUCAAUAGAUUCUAUCUCAGCUGAUCCUUCAAGUUCUCAGAAUUCACAUUGUAGAGCGAAAUGGAGAGAAUUUUCGAGAUGAUGUUUUCAAAGGUGGGGGAAUUGUUUUUGUCAAAGGUGAUGGAUCAGACGGCUGAUAAUGCUCACAACAAUGUGAAGAAUAUAAAGGAUUUUGAGGUAAUUUUAAAAACUCUGCAAAAGAAAUUGAAGUCAUUGAGUGCUAGGGCUUGUGAUGUGGAGGAGGAGAUCACGAAUGCAGAGCGCUCGUGUAGAAAGAAAAGGAAACGAGAAGUCGAGGAAUGGUUGGAACAAGUUAAAUCCAUUGAGGAAGAAGUUGCUGAGCUGGGGGGACAAGUGGAAUCACACGGAUUCGUGACGAGGUUGAUGGAUGGGGGAAGAGCAGCCAAAAUGAGUGACGAAGUUGAUAGCCUUGUUGAGCAGAGUCGGAAUUUUGGCGAACUUGUACUUGAUGUUGGUGGGAAUUUGGGAAUGGGAGAGACGUUGUUGGCGAAUGGGAUGGUUGGCCAAGCGUGUCAUGAUAAUUUGGGAAGGGUUUUGGAGCUUUUGGAGGGUGGGAAAGUGUCGAGCGUUGGUGUUUAUGGUAUGGGUGGUGUGGGCAAGACAACUCUGGUAAAGCACAUCAACAACCGACUCGUGCAGCAAUCUCAUAGACGUGUGUUUUGGAUUACAGUCUCUCGGGAAUUUAGUGUCACCAGUCUACAAGACAAGAUAGCUCGUCUCUUAGGUGUGGACCUUGUGGAUGAGGACAAUGAAGGAAGAAGAGCAGCGAGGCUGCAUAGUGCGUUUUCUCGGAUGAAGAACUCAGUACUCAUAUUGGAUGAUGUGUGGGAAUAUAUUGACAUGUUAAGGGUGGGGUGUCAUAUUUCUGUGGAGUGCUGUAGGUUGAUUAUAACAACCAGGUCGUUGAAAGUGUGUCGCCAAAUUCGUUGCCAAGAAGUGAUUCUGGUUGAAAAACUAGGUAAUGACGAGGCAUGGAAGCUGUUCAAUGAGACGUUGGGGAAUGAGAUAGCGCUAGGUUCUCAAGUAGAAGAAAUUGCCAAAUCUGUAGCAAAACUUUGCGAUGGUUUGCCACUAGGAAUUAUUAGCGUGGCUGGAAGCAUGAGGGGCGAGGCCUCUGUUCAUACGUGGAAAAAUGCUUUGUCUGAACUAAAGGAAUGUGUCGUUCGCCAAGAGGGCAUGGGAGAAGAUGAGGUUUUCAAGGUAUUGAAAUAUAGUUUUGAUCAGUUGAACAGAAGUAAUCAGAGCCAGAAUAAUGAAUACAAUACGCUUCAGCUCUGCCUCCUGUACUGCUCGUUAUAUCCCGAGGACUACCAAAUACUUAAAGAGGAUUUGGUUCGAAAGUUCAUCUCAGAGGGGUUGAUGGAUCAAAGAAAGAGUAGGAGAGGGCAAAUUCACCAAGGUCAUUCCAUAUUGGAGAAAUUAGUGAAUGUGUGUUUACUGGAAAGUGGUGUUGUUUUUGAGGAAUACGUGAAGAUGCAUGAUCUUGUGAGAGGUAUGGCGUUGAUGAUUGGCGAGGGGAGAUAUAUGGUGAGAGCAGGUAACUACUCUUUGAUGGAAAUCCCCGACGAAGAAGAGUGGACAAAUGGUUUGGAGAAGGUGUCCUUGAUGAUGAGUGGCAUAAAGAGAAUCGGAGAUGGAAUCUCUCCCGAUUGUCCUAACCUCUCAACAUUGGUUUUAUGUGGGAGUCCAUUGGACACCGUCACGGGUUCAUUCUUCUUCAAAAUGCAGCACCUGAGCACUCUUGAUCUGUGUGAAACUGACAUCACGACGCUGCCAGAUUCAAUCUGUGACAUGAAGUGCCUCAAGAACUUAUUCCUUGAGUUCUGUUCUAAGCUUGAAAAUGUACCCUACUUGGGAAAUCUGAAAGCACUGAGGGAGUUGAACCUCUCGUAUACAGCCAUCGAGGAAGUGCCUCGUGGACUUGAGGAGUUGUUCAAUCUCAAGUUCCUUUCACUAGAUGUGCGUACGCUGAAGAUGCUUCCUAGAGGAUUGCUGCUCAAACUCGGGAAUCUUCAGCACCUGAAACUCCCAUUUCAUAACUUAGUACCAAUUGAAGAAAUUGAGAAUUUCAAAAAACUGGAGGAGUUCAGCGGAGGAGUGGAACAUGUGAGUGAUUUUAACCGUUUUGUUACAAGCCGUGUGCAUGAUACUUGCUACAGAAUAGGAGUAGGAUACAGCUACACUGCUCGCUACAGAUUUUUCGAACUUUAUAACAAUGAGUUGAUCUUGUGUGGAGUGAGCCUUAAAGAUGAGAAGGUAUCGGGGGAAGGCGUUUUGUACCUAACAAUGAUCCGAUGCAAGGGCCUGAGCACCUGCUUCGUGAAUGACUUUCCGAGAUUGGGUGAUCCCACAUCUCUCAAGAGAGUGAAUAUCGAAAGCUGUGGAGGAAUAGAAUGCAUAUUGAGCAGCGAUCAUCAAGAUUUGCUACUGCCUCAGAUCUCCACUCUCGAAGAUAUUGUGCUGGUGGAGUUGGAGGAUCUGAAGGGAUUCGUGAUCGCACCCAUAAAGAUUGUAUUCUCCUCUCUAAAAAGGCUAGCUAUAUACAAAUGUAGCAAGGUGGGGAAGCUGGGGUUGCCUGCAUUGAGCUUUCCCAACCUCGAAUAUAUUGAAAUCGAGGUGUGUGGAGAGGAACUGCAAGAGAUAUUCGAUGUUGAUGGAAGAGGCUCUGUCACCCUCCCCAAGUUGAAAAAGCUGAUCUUACAUGAGCUGCCGGGACUGGAGCGCGUAUGCAAGGCAACGAUGAUCUGCAACUCCAUCGAGACCAUCGAGAUUGUGCAAUGCCCUAGAUUGAUGAAGAAACUACCUCUGCAUUUGGAUGUUUGUCCACCUCCCACCCUGAGAGUGAUAUUGGCAGCUCAAGAAUGGUGGGAAUUGUUGGAGUGGGACAAUCCCAAUCUCCCUCAACUCCUCCACCCCUUUCUUCAACUAUUCUGAUUCUGGAUUUAUAUAGGUAGACUCUUUGUAACAUAUUAAUGAAGAGAAUUUACUCAGCUCUAUGUGGUAUCUUUUUUGAAAAUAUCA